UCCUGCUGCUGCGGGCGGCGCGGGGCCGAGGCGGCGCAGCCGGGCUGUGGCGCGUUCUCGCGACACUUCCCGCCGAGCGGAGCCGCUGAUUGCGGCGGCAGCGCCCAGCGUGGCGGCGCCUGGGGCGGGGAGGGGGGGACCCAGGUCUGGAUUCACACUUGCCCCGCUGCACACGCGGAACCCAAGAGGGGGAGUCGCCGCCGCCCAUAAGCAGCCGCCCCCCCGCUCGCCGAGCCCGGCUGCCCCCGGUGCAGGCAGCAGCGGGGGCUCAGGUCCUUUGCGGAAACUGCGUCUCUCUCCCCCCUCACCCCCCCGGUCUCGUCCUAUUUCUGCGGUUUGGAUGCCGACGAGAGCAGAGGAGCCGCUAGCGAGAAGCAGCACCACGCAGCCCGGCUGCCUCAGUCAGCAUCCUCCGCUCCGCUCCGCUCCGCUCCGCUCGGCUCCCACCCCCGACCCGUGGCUUUAAACGCGCUCCCGUCCCCGCGGCUUGUCCAGCCGUCUCAAAGUUUCAGCCUGUCCCCGCUGCCGGGCAGAGCCCGGCUCCACAUCCAUGGUGGAGGCGAUAGUGGAAUUUGACUACAAGGCUCAACAUGAUGAUGAGCUGACAAUCACAGUAGGUGACAUAAUCACCAAUAUCAAGAAAGAGACUGGAGGCUGGUGGGAAGGACAGCUCAAAGGCAGAAGAGGUUUGUUCCCUGACAACUUUGUAAGAGAAAUAAAGAAGGACAUGAAGAAAGAAAGUAUUGCCAACAAACCACCAGAGAAGCCUAUAGAUGAAGUUUCCAAUGGAAGCCCUUUACUGUUUUCUGAGACAAUUGUUAGAACCACCAGGAAAGGGGAGAGAAAUAGGAGGAGAAGAUGUCAGGUGGCUUUCAGUUACAUGCCUCAGAAUGAUGAUGAGCUGGAGUUAAAAGUUGGUGACAUCAUUGAAGUGAUGGGAGAAGUGGAGGAGGGCUGGUGGGAAGGAAUUCUCAAUGGAAAGACUGGCAUGUUUCCUUCCAACUUCAUAAAGGAACUUUCUGUUGAUUCUGAUGAUGUGGAAAUUGCACAGGAGGAACAACUAGUAAAGCCAAGAAAGUCUGCCUUUCAUGGGACAGUUCUGUACAGAGUGGCACAAGCAAAGAUUGACAGCUACAGACGCUAUAACAAACUGUGGACCUUAUUACUUGAAGAAAGGAAAUUUUCAGGUUUAAGAGAUGCUACAGGCUCUGAGAGUGAUGGUGGUGACUCAAGCAGCACAAAAUCAGAAGGAGCCAAUGGAGCAGCAGCAAUCCAACCCAAAAAGGUCAAGGGGAUUGGUUUUGGAGAUAUCUUCAAAGACAAACCAAUAAAGCUACGGCCAAGGUCAAUAGAAGUAGAAAAUGACUUUCCACCAGUAGAAAAGACUGUUGGGAAGAAAUUACCUCCAGCUACAGCAGCUCAAGAGCCAACGAAAAUAGAAAUGGACAGCAGAAUCAAGAUCAAGGAGUAUUGCAAAGUAAUAUUUCCGUAUGAAGCACAGAAUGAAGAUGAACUGACAAUCAAAGAAGGUGAUAUUGUCAUACUCAUCAAUAAGGAUUGCAUUGAUGCAGGCUGGUGGGAAGGAGAACUCAGUGGCAGGCGUGGAGUGUUUCCAGAUAACUUUGUCAAGCUUCUUCCCUCUGAUUUUGAAAAAGAGAGACCUAAAAAACCACCACCUCCAUCAGCUCCUAUCAUCAAACAAGGGUCAGGUACCACAGACAGAAAACAUGAAAUCAAAAAGGUACCUCCUGAAAGGCCAGAAUGUCUUCCUAAUCGAACAGAGGAGAAAGAAAGACCAGAAAGAGAGCAAAAACUGGUAGAUUUGCACAAGCCUUCGGUUCCUGCGAUACCUCCGAAGAAACCUCGACCACCCAAAGCAAACUCUCUGAACAGACCUGGUGCAUUGCCCCCAAGACGACCGGAAAGACCAGCUGUGCCUCUGACGCAUACAAGGAAUGAUAGUACAAAAAUAGAGUUAGUGGGCAGUACAGUAUCCGGAACCUUGGAGAAGGACUCCUCAGAAAGAAGCAGUGACAUUGAUCUGGAAGGCUUUGACUCUGUAGUACCAGUUGCUGAGAAGCUCAGUCAUCCAACUACAACCAGACCAAAAGCUACUGGCAGACGACCUCCAUCCCAGUCACUCACAUCUUCCUCCCUUUCAAGUCCUGAUUUCUUUGACUCACCAAGCCCUGAAGAGGAAAAGGAAGAACAUGUGUCCAUUAUACAUAAAGCAACUGAAGUGUCAAAGAAAACAAAGACUGUUACAAUAUCACAAGUGUCUGAUAAUAAAACUUCAUUGCCUCCAAAACCAGGGGGUUUGACUAGUGGGAGUAAUGUACAAGCAUCGUUAUCCUCCUCAUCCUCACCUGCACUUCAUUCAGUUACUGUGGGAACAACAGGCCAUAGGUCAAAUUCCCCAUCUUUGUUCAGUACUGAAGGAAAGCCAAAGACUGAGCUCUCAAGCCAGGGUCCGGCAGCCUUGGAAGAGCUGAGAACACAAGUUAAGGAGCUAAGAACUAUCGUUGAAACAAUGAAAGACCAGCAAAAAAAAGAGAUUAAACAAUUGUUGUCUGAAUUGGAUGAAGAAAAAAAGAUCCGUCUACGAUUACAGAUGGAAGUUAACGACAUAAAGAAAGCUCUUCAAUCAAAAUGAAUACUGGAUAGGUGGAAUGUUACAUUAUUCAUCAUGACUGAGACUCAAAUUUAUGCCCCAGCCAAAAUAACUUUGUGCCAAAUGAUUUAAGAAUUGCCUCAAUAUCCCUUUGUUUGAAGGAUUAGCACAAGAGUUUUUGAUAGCACAACACAAAUUCCAACGAAGAGGAAAAAACUUCAGGGGAUGCAGUUGCUGUAUGGCACUGGUUGUGACUGAAACUGAUCUUACUGUGCUAACGUCUCUACUUCAAGAUCACAAAUGAAAUGAAAACUCAGGCAGUGUAGUCCGUAGUGGUACUAUUUUGACGAUAUUUUUCCAUAAAUAAAAUGUAUUUCAGGUUAUCCGUUUACAAGCUUUUAUGAUUUUGACCUUUUUUUUAAUUCUUUUGUCACAGAUUCCUAAAAUAUUUGUACUGCAUAUAAGCCAGGAAUGAAUGUUGAUGUUUGGGGGGGGGUGUGUUUUUUUGCUUCCGGUAGAAUAGCCUGCUUUUUGUGGGAUGGUUUACAUGCUAGUACAGAUGCAAUUUUAUGUCCCAAAACCAAUCUACAGUGUAAAUUUAAGUUUGUGUAGAAUGGCAUAUUUAAAAAAAAGAAAAAAAAAGAAAAUCUUGUCUUGACAAUGAUUUGUGCCUUCUUUUUGCCACCCACUGGUUGGAACUGGGUUGCAAACCAGAUCUCAAUAAUGUAGCUGCCAUGAUGACACCAAUCACUUAGGUCCACUAGAGGUCACUCUUCUGAGGUAUAGCUGCUCAGACAACCUCGCCAGAUGUGUGCUAAGGCAGCAUAAGGUUGGGAGCAGCUUUGUCUUACAAGCCGUGGCUUUUUAGCUUUCCUGUUUAAUAAGACUCUCAUUCAGCUAGAAAAGUCAUCUCUGCUUGAUUUUCAUUAGAAAAGUUAAAACACCUGCCUUUGUCCCCAUUUUUGCACACUUUGAGUGAACAGAAUAUGCAUUACUAAAGCAAAAAUAAAUAAAAUUUAACUAAAUAUAUCAUCAGUUAAAAGGUUGUAUUAUUUCAUACACAAGGUUCUCUUUGUUGUGUGAUGUUGUUUAACUUGCUAUUUAUGUGAUGUCAUUUGCCACAUUCUGUUGUAAGCUUUCUAACAUAGAUGAAAUAGAAGGAUUUCUUUAUAAUACAUUUUAGCAGCUGUGCUUUCUUUUCUGGUUUUAUGAAAAUCAAGUUUUGUGUGUGUUUGUUUGUUUGUUUGCAAUGGAGCAUUUCAGCCUUUGAAAGUAACUUGUUUCUUUCCUGUUAGUGCAAUCUGAAACAAAGUAUUAUAAGACUGCUCUGGCUUCAUAUAUAAAUGGCAGCAGAUUUCAUUUAGCCUGUGAGAAUGGUUUUAUUAUGUUUCUCAAAUGCCCACUAUGUCUGUUUAUUGAGUUUAUCUGAAUCAGCUAAAUAUAGAUAUUUUUGUACA